CAAGUUAUGAUGCAGUUCAUGGGUAGCGUACUUUUGCCCUACAUUGCCACUGGGUCUUCACUUCAGUCUUCAUUUGAGUUUAUUGUGGACUUAACAUCAGCUGGACGGACUCCUUCCUAGUGAAUGAGAUGGCAGAGUGUGGGGUACAAGGUGAACAACCUCAGAGGCGUCUUGGUGUCAAGGAAAAUGGAGAGCUGACUGACUCGGAGCUGUCUGUGGAUGAGAGGAAACAGAGGGACAGGGAGGAGCGUGGAACUCUGGUGUUAUGGAAGAAACCUCUUCUCACACUGCACUACUUCACUCUGGAACUGCUCAUCACCCUUAAAGAGUGGCUAUGGAGGCUCUGGCGGCAAAGACAGACUGUGUUUGGCCUACUGAUCCUGCUGAUCCUCCUCUCCAUUGCCUACUGUAUUGAAGGAACACACCAGAAGUAUGUGCUCUACAUGGAGAAGAAGACGCUGUGGUGCGCCUACUGGGUCGGCCUGGGCAUCCUCUCCUCGGUGGGUCUUGGCACCGGCCUGCACACUUUCCUUCUUUACCUGGGACCACACAUAGCAUCAGUGACCUUGGCAGCCUACGAGUGUGGCUCGGUGGAUUUCCCCGAACCGCCCUAUCCAGACCAAAUAGUCUGUCCCCAGCAGAAUUCAGCAGCACCAGGCUCUGAUGCUGCUGAGCAGCUGGGCGUGGAGGCCACGGGGGCGGACGGGUUGGCAGAGUCAGCUGCCAUCCAGGGAAGCGUCUCUCUUUGGUCCAUUAUCUGCAAAGUGCGCCUCGAAGCUUGUAUGUGGGGUGCAGGUACAGCUAUAGGUGAGCUUCCUCCUUACUUCAUGGCCCGAGCGGCACGGCUGUCUGGUGCCGACCCCCACGACGAGGACUACCAGAGGUUUGAGGAGAUUCUGGAUCAGACCCAGUCUGCACAGGAUUUUGCCAGCCGAGCAAAAGUAGCCGUGCAGAAACUCAUCCAGACGGUCGGAUUCCUCGGGAUUUUAGUGUGUGCUUCUAUUCCAAACCCCUUGUUUGACCUGGCAGGAAUAACAUGUGGACAUUUUCUGGUCCCGUUCUGGACUUUCUUUGGUGCAACACUCAUUGGGAAAGCAGUCAUCAAAAUGCACAUUCAGAAACUGUUUGUGAUCGUCACCUUCAGCAGGCACAUAGUGGAGCAGAUGGUCUCCCUCAUCGGAGCUGUUCCACUGCUGGGUGCGGCACUGCAGAAGCCCUUCAGGGAGUACUUGGAGGCCCAGAAGGCCAAGCUGCACCAUCACGCUGGAGAGGGGAUCCCGACUGAGGAGAGCUGGCUGCCGUGGCUCUUUGAGAAGGUUGUGGUCAUCAUGGUAUGCUUCUUUGUCUGCUCCAUUGUCAACUCCAUGGCCCAGAGCUACGGCAAGCGCAAGCAGCAGGAGAAACACUCGGAGGGCAAAACGGAGUGAAGGCCAGAUAGUGAUCACAGCGAAGCAUCAACUUCAGAAGCACCCCCAAUCCCUUUACUCAUUUCAGCUGAUAACCCACCAUUAUAAAAGCACAGCCGGCAUCUAGUUUCUCUCUCGAUAUUGUAACGACAUGUGUGUGUUGAACUUGGACUUCCAUUAACUUGCUUUGGAAGGUUUUGCAUUUGGUAGUGAUUUCCGCAAUUGUAAGGUAGGUGCUUGUUGGGAUGCAUGUGCGUGAGCUGUUUAAGCGUUCGUGUCGGAGCUCGUGAGAAUAGGCAAUAAUUCUCCUCAGUGAGGCCUUAAGCUGCACUAGAAGAACCAUGAAGUCUUAUAUGUCCGUGGAGUCACGUAUUUUAAUAAGCUAGAAUUUAAACUUUUGAUGAUGUGGUGAGUGUUCUGUAAAAGAAGCGCUAAGUUAUUUGUUCAAUAACCUAAUUACUUAUUAUCUGGCUUAUUAAUACGAUUUUCUGUACUCAUUACUUUAGUGUGGAGUCGUUGUGCAGUAUUGGUUGUUAAAUAAGACUGAUGAUAAGACUGUAAAUGAUUGUGUCCUCUUCAUCUCAUUUCUACAUAUUGUAGAGCUUUAAGUAAGUUGUUGUUAAUGAAUGUUUCACGGUGCUUUAGAUGACCAUUUCUUCUAUUGUGUGUGCAGUAAAGCUCAUCAAGGUACUUUUGGAUGAGGAAUGAUAAAUCAGCCAUGAAUCACCCUGCUGGUCCCUUUGUCUGCCCUUAUUGUUCUGCUUCCAGGAAGAGAGCACAUGAGUCAGCCCGGGGGCUACUUUACCAGAUGCAGCCAUAUAUUGAAUCAGAUCUACGACUAUGUGCGCGUGCCUGCGUGUGAGACGGGGAGCGGGAGGGAGAUAGCCGUUUGUGUGGCUGCUACAUUUGUUGCUCUCCCUUUUAUCUUUUAUGGAUUAAAGCAGACUGUGCUCCACUAAUAGACUAGGGUUGCCUGGAAGUCUUAGUAUAGCAGAUAGUAGCUGCUCCUUUAACUCAGAGACAGUCUGUGUCAUGGUAAGUGUUUUUCUUUGUCUCCACUUGUCCACAGAGCUUUUUUUUUUUUUUUACCUCCGAUGAUUACAGCAAGAUCAUGUUUGCCAUUACAUCUCCUAAAACAAAAAAGCAUUUGAUAUGAUAAUUCUUUGCUCGUGGAUAAUGCAGCUGGCUCUCGGUAUAUGCAGUACCUUCUUUUCUUUUUUUUCUCCAUAAUUGCCGGAGAAAUGUGCUAUUUUCUUCUGUACCGCUGCUGUGCUACGCUGGACUGAGCACAGUGGGCGCUAGAGCAAGCAGGAGGGAGAGAAAAAAAAAACCUCAAGCGCACAGUGAAAAGCGUCUGUGCCGCUACCUUAGCUGAACCCUCGAAUGAACUCGUUGCACUGCCCCAGUCACAGAGCCAGGAGACGAAUCACUCGAGUAGAUUCAAAACAGAGGGGCACUGUUGAGCAGGCUGAACCCUGCGCUCUGCAGCAGCUCUAGUCAGAACAUUCACAUCUCCUCUUUUCUCCUGUCAUGGUAAGUCGGAUCAGGAUUCUUUUUUUUAUUCUUUUUUAUCAUUGUCGUUUCUGUACAUGCGUUCGUCUCAGUCACUCUCUCGGUCUGUCAGAUAGCUUAUCAGACUGGUGUUGGCUGUUAAGAUUGCAAGGCGACAACAGUCUGUAGGCUGUCUGACAUUUCGGGCUCUUUCAUCUGACCAGCAUCCUGUUUUGUCUUCCUUCUGUUAUUGCCAUUUAUCAGUUAGCAUCAGUUCCCAUUUAGAGGUGUGUGCUGCGAUGUCACUUCCCUUUUAUCCCAACCGCUUGUGAAACGUGGGUCUAUUGUUUAUUUCCUCCAUGCUGACGUCUGUGAGGGUUUCUAUGUGGUUUUAUGUGGGGAACUGUGAUUUUGCAUGUUUGCAAAUGCAGAUGUAGUGAUGUUUAUAGCGUACUUCUGUAUAUGUGUACGUGUGUGUGUGUGUGUGUGUGUGUGAGUUGGCUCUGUCCUCUUGAUUUUCCAGAGAAUCCAGACAGUACACACCUUAUUGCAACACAUCACAUUGUGACACCCAGUGCUAGGUAUGGUACACGCCGUGCUCACCCAGCUCUCUCCUUCCCUUUUACACUUCCCUCUUCUCUUCAACUGCGAACUUUCUUCUGUUGCUCAACACACACUUUUUUGUAGGAGGCUGCAUUUUAUUGGAACAACUCUCUUGAGGGGGUGUUCUUUUGCCGCAAAGCCUCAGUUUUAUUUUAGGUUCUUUUUAUUUUCUAGAACACAGCAAAAGGGUAAUACUUUUUCCUGGUCAUAAAAGCAAAAUCCUUGGAUAACACUGGAAUGGCUCGCUGGCUUAGAGAGUGUUUUUCUUGGCAGUUUCAGGAUGUCCUGUUCCAUAAGGGAGCCCCCUUUUGGCAUGCCUUUCUGAAUGUGUGGGUGCAUUUGUCUAGAAAUUCUGUUUAUAUUUCGAUGUGUAAGUGCCUCUAUUUCCUGUCUAAUUAAUUGCUGUACCUGAGUUAUUUUAAAAGUAUGUAUGUAGUGUUUCUUUUCAUGUGCUUUCAAUAUAAAUAAAGUCUGUUGAAAAGAG